AUGACAGCCAUGAUGCAAUGGCAGGUCAACAGGCAGUUCAGGAAGGACUGUGAGGCUGCCAUAGCCAGAAUUCCAAAUCCGGAUGCUGUAGUCCAGCAGCUAGACCUUCCUUAUGGUCCCCUCACCAGGAUUGGCAUGGCCAUAUCAAGAGAAUCCCUCUAUUGCACAGAUAGUUGGAAUGCCAGAAGUGGGGAAAUUCAGGCUGGACAAAGGGGAGGAGCCCUUCCUGUCCAAGAACGUGAGGCCCCAGCUCGCCAGAAGGCCCUGCACCAGUUCAGAUUCAACAGAACCAGCCAGAACCUCACCCUAUUCCACAGGAUCAACCUUUGGCACUUCUGCCUGAGCCACCAGCAGUGUUGCCUUAUAGACCCAGAAGGAUGGAUCCCAAUCCAUUCCCUCCACCUGCAAGAGGCAGAAGAGGCGGAAAGGGGGAACAAGCUGGGGGCAAACUGGAGGAAUCAUCCAGAUCUGGAAGAACAGGAAGAACACAGGGAGGAAGUUCUGCCCAGACCAUACAGAGCGGAGCCCAGGAUUGAUCACGCCCAACCAGAACAGGGCGAAAUCACCACCCUGUCAAUGCUCUGA